UGCAGAACCAUCUCCGGCCUUCCCUACCACUACCACUACCACUACCACUUUUGCCCCUACCCAUCUUCGGCCAACAAGUUGUUGUUUACACUAGACUGCAUACACACCAACCUGUAUACACUUCACUACACUACACUACAAACAAACCACCAUACAAAACCAAACAUAUCCAUACCUGUCUACUACCUACCCUUUGAUACGUACCUCUUGCCUAUGUUCCCGGCUUCCCAGCUUUCCCAUGUCCCCUUCCAAGCUUUAUCGUGCUUUUCCGACCUUCACGUUCACGCUUCACGCUUGCUGAAGACCCAAUUCCCCAUUCCCCAUUUCCUCCAAAUUCCCCCAUUCUCCCAAUCCCGGCCAUUUCAUGCCUCGAGGGUCAAAAAAAAAGGGCAGAAAAUUCAAAAUAGCCCAUCAUAUCCAACAUCCAAGGGAACACAAGAAGAGCACGAACGCCACUUCUCCCCCAAAUCCCUUCCCCCCCCCCGGCCCAUCACCCCUCCUCUCCGUCCUUAUCUUCGGAAAUCCCCAAACUUCCUCGUCCCCCCUCCUCCCCUCCUUCCUUCCCCCUCUUUCCAAUCCAGAAUCAUACACACACACACAAACGAACUUUCUGUACCAAAACCCAAUCCACUACCGCCGAAACACAAAUACAAUCCCGAGCUUCUGCCUUCCCCGAGCGAGCUCUUCCCAAUUCAAUCUUCCUCGACCAAGAUCCUCAACCGCAAGACACUCGGCCUUACCGACUACACGCCACUACUCUCACUACUCAACAACUACUACUACUACACUACAACUACCACUACACCACACUACUUAAUUACGUACCGCCCCCCCAAUCCACCGCGGCUCGGCCUCCAAUCGCCCCAACUCUCGUCUCCAAGCUUCAACCACCCUCUCCUUGCCGCCGCCCACCCAAUCAGCCGCCUCGAUAAGCCCAACCCAUCACCAACAGACGGGCAGUGCUCCGGGUAACGCUUGUCUCCUGGGUCUACAGUACACCACCACGCCGGCCGAUUUCCACUAUAGCCCUUUCUUGCCCUUCCGCCCGGCUCGUGCUAGGCCGAUCGAGAGGAGAUCGAGACAGGUUCAGAAGCAAAGGUCCAGAACCGUACCGCUAAAAGGCUGGGAACUAGAACCGACUAGCGACGGACGGAGCUGUCUGGCUUGCUUAGCCCGCUGCUUACCUACCUACAUACCUUUGCGUAUAUAUAAGACUGUUGUGGGGUGCCAGGUUUUCAAGGGACGUAAAGAGCUGAGCUUGAAUUAGUGAAGGUUAUUAUAAUACGACGCAGCAUUACUUAGCUGUGGGAACAUACGCGUGGAGAGAACACUUGUGAAUAACAGUUGAUUGUUGAUACAUAUUAAUCUGGUCGAGCUUGCUCUCAUUACAUACAUAACCACAAAGGACGAAGGCGACGAUUAAAUACGGCCUUGCUCCGAUACAUUACAUACCACCUACUUGCACAAAGGACGAGGCGGCUUUUUGUUAAUACGAUUCGAACGGAGAGAUAAUAACUCUUCAACAUACCAUUAUCAUAUUCUUACUCGUCGCCGGAUUCGACGGGGAUUCCUCAAGAGGCCUACAAUUAUCAGCCCAUUACCCAGAGUUGCUCAAAAUCGAAGCAAUCUCAUUAUCACAUACACCAUCCAACAUUACCACAUAACAAACCACCAACAUAACCGCAAACAUGGAAGACCCACUAACCAUGUCCGCCACCGACGCCUUCCACAUUCUCGACCCCGAGAUGCCCUCCUUCUCCUACCCAGACGCCUACAUGGACUACCACCAGGUCCCGGACUUCUUCAACCCCUCCUACCUCUCCGGCGCGCACCUCACCACCACAACCACCAGCGCUGCCCCGACGUCUUACCCCUCAGACGACACCGCACCGCACAGCGCACUCUCAGCCACCGCGCCCCCGCUCGACUUCCCCAGACCCCACGACGACCUGUCCCAUUUCUUCGCUGACUCGCCGUUCUCGUCACCGGUGCCUAAUCAGAGGUUUGUUCCUAUGAAAGGGCAGGGCGGGCAGACGUAUUCGCCUGUUUGGGGGGUGCAGCAGCAGCAGGAUGGGUGGAGUCAUGGGAAUGCCAACAACAACAACAACAAUAAUAAUAAUCAGAUUAAUAGCAACAACAACAACAACAACAACAACAAUAACAAUAACAACCAAGCCUCGUCAUCCCAACAAGCGGCACCACUCGCAAUCCUCACAUCAGGCUUUGAACCGGGGUCGGAUGCGAGGACGGUCGUGCACCAUGGACAAGUCACCCCGGGUGACUCGCCCGAGACGACGACGAGUCCUGGGCCGGGGAAGGGGAGGGCGAGUCGGAGGGCGAGUAGGAAGGGGAAGGAGAGUAUCUCCUCCAUAGCCACUACUUCCUCGACGUCCACCCGCGACAGCGGUCGUGACAGCAGCAAUCGCAACAGCACCACCCAACCCUCCCCCCCCGCCGAAACCGCACCCGCGAAAGUCAAGAAACCGCGCAAACCUCGCCGCUCCUCCAAGAAGACCACAACCGCCGAGCAGGCCGCGCUCAAGCGCGAGACAUUCCUCAAGCGCAACAGGGAAGCUGCUUACAAGUGCCGCGUCAAGAAGAAGACGCAGACCGAAGAGGUUGUGGAGAGGGUUAAGGCUCUGGGAGAGGAUAAUCGCGCGAAGGCGGCGGAGGUGGAGAGGCUGAGGCGCGAGGUCGAGGGCCUGAGGGGCCUGCUGUUGCCGCAUUAUAGGGUUUGUGGCGAUGAGAGGGUUGUGGCGUAUCUUGAUGGGCUGGGAAGUGUGGGGGGUGCGUGGGGGGGUGGGAUGGCGGCGAGGGGGAGCGUGGGGAGUGCGGCGCUGGCGGGGUUGAGUUUGGGGUUUAAUGGUGGGGAGGAUGAGGAGAGCUUGGCGAGUUUGAAUGGGGGGAGUAGGAGGCAGAGCGUGGGGAGUGAGGGGAGUGGAGGGAGUGAGGGGUUUGAGGGAGAGGAACAGCGGGAGAUGAUGGAUGAGGAGGAGGAGGAGAGGGAGGAGGAGGAGAGGAGGAGGAGUGCGGAUUUGGAGGAUCUGUUUGCGGGGUCUGCGGGGGGUGGGAGUUUCGAUAGUGGGGUUACGCCGGUGGUGGAUGGGAUGGGGGGGUCUAUGGGAGGGGAAAUUGGGAUGAAUGGGAUGGUUGAUGGGGGGAUGGAUGGGAUGAUGGGGGGGAUGGAUGAGGUGUUGGGGAUGGGGAUGGUUGUUUGA